AUGCUGGAAGAUUUUCGUUCCCAUGGUUACAAAGACACAUCUUUACAGGAAGCUUUGGCUAAAGCAAAAAAUCGGGAGAGGACAUCAUUACUGAGGACCAAGGGUAAGAACAAGAGAAACAAGUCCAACCGCAUUCCAUGUGUCACUACAUAUUCGACCAAAUCUGGUUUGGUCAAACACGUAAUCAAUAAGAACUGGCAUGUUCUACAGAGUGACCCAGAGAUUGCUGAUCUCUUUAAGGGGAGACCACUCAUGGCUUAUAAGAGAUUGAGGAAUAUUAAAAGCUUGGUAUCGCCCUCCAGAGCCAGAAUAUCCUCUAAACCAUCCACUACGUGGUUGGCACCUAUUAAGGGUAUGCACCGAUGUGGCCAUUGUGCCAACUGCAAUAAUGUGAUCACGGGUUCAGAAUUUACACAUCCCAGAACAGGGAAAGCAUUUGCUAUCAAAGAGUUUUUUAAUUACAAAACAGACCAGGUCAUUUAUUUCAUCAUAUGUCCUCGUGGUCUGGGAUACAUCGGCCAAACGUCCAGAUCUUUAACUGUACGUAUUGGUGAACAUAAAAGUACCAUUCGCACUAAGAAACGGCAUAUCUCCUUUGCCAAACAUUUCAUUGACUCUGGCCAUUCGGUGGCACAACUACUUUUUCAGGCUAUAGAACGUAUCAAAACUCCUCAUUUUGGUUGUUCCCUUGCAGAUUCGCUCAAACACGUGGAACUACUGUGGAUUUAUCGAUUGGAUACAUUAUUUCCACACAUUAUUCCCACAUGGGUUGAAUGA